AACUGGGGCGGGCAGUUGCCUUCCAUGUGCGUGGACGGCGCGUUUGAUUGACAUGGCGGAGCCUCGCUCGCACUAGUUCGCGUCGCGCCGCGCCAGCAAACAGGCGAGCAGGCAGGCGAGCUCCGGAGCCUGGGAAUUAAAAACACACACACACCACCGCAAAAGAAAAAAAAGAAAAGAAAAGAAAAACAACGCCAGCAGCAGCAGCAGCACAACGAAACGAAACGGGGGGAAACAAAAAAACAAACAAAAAAAGGCUGCCGACGUCGCGCUCCGGUCUUCACGUUGUUUCAUUCGCAGCGAGGUAGGGCAGUUGAGUGAAUUUCUCCAUGAAUGUACGUCACAAUGAUGAUGACAGACCAGAUUCCACUGGACUUGGCUCCGCCGCCUCUCCUGAACGGGGAGGUCCCGCUCAUGCCGCACAUGGUUAACGGCGACGCGGCGCAGCAGGUCAUCCUGGUACAGGUGAACCCAGGGGAGACGUUCACCAUCCGAGCGGAGGACGGCUCGCUGCAAUGCAUCCAGGGUCCGGCCGAGGUCCCGAUGAUGUCCCCCAAUGGCUCCAUCCCACCCAUCCACGUCCCCCCAGGAUACAUCUCACAGGUGCUGGAAGACACCACUGGGGUCCGGCGAGUGGUGGUGACCCCUCAGUCUCCGGAGUGCUAUCCUCCCUCCUACUCCCCCGCUUUGUCGCCCACGCACCACCUGCCCCCCUACCUGGCCCACCCGCACUUCAUCCCCAACUCCCACUCUUUCUACCCGCCCGUCAGCCCCGGCGAGCUAACCCACCAUCAGUACUACCAACACCACCUCCCCCCCAUGUACGCCGACCCAGAAAUCAUUCCGGUGUACGGCAUGUCCAAUUUCAUCCGAGAGGAGACGUACAGUAAGCCGCAGCCCAAGAAGAUAAAAGAACAGCGGCAACUGGAGCGACAGAACCGGCUCAACUCGCCGCCGUCCACGCUGUACAAAGGCAGCCUGGGGCCCGCCCACAACGGUUACAGCAGCAAGUCCCACGCGCCGUCGCUCGGGUCCGUGGGGUCGGGCGGCGGAGUCGGCAGUCCGGGCGGGAAGAAACCGGAGCGGCGACUUCGCAGCAGCCCGCGAAACUGCGAACCGGAGGUGCACACGCAAGAUCAUGAUUCAGAAGCAAAACGUGUUCAAGACAUGCUGUCUACAAUCGACAAACCACAGGUGUCCAACCUGCAGGCCCGCGCCGUGCGCCUGUCUUGGGCGCCCCCCGCAGGCCUGGCGAGCAGGCACAGCAACGGCGUGCCCGUGUCGUGCUCGUACGAGGUGUCGCUCUCGGACAAAGGGCGAGACGGGAAGUACCGCCUCAUCUACAGUGGUGAAGAAGUGGAGUAUCAUCUCAAAGAUCUAAGGCCAGCGACGGACUACCACGUACGCGUGUGCGCCGCGUACAACUGCGUGCGCGGCUCGUGCUCGGAGGCGAGCUCGUUCACCACGCACUGCAGCGUCAGCGUUCCCGACGUCCCGCUCGCCCCCAAGCUUUCCCACCGCACCAAAAGCACCCUCACUUUACAGUGGAAGCCGCCAGGCGACAACGGAUCCAAAAUCACAAACUACCUGCUCGAGUGGGAUGAGGGGAAGAAGAACAGCGUUUUCCGGGAAUGUUACUUCGGCAGCCAGAGACACUGUAAGAUGACGCGUCUGUUCCCCGCCUGCGCUUACACCUUCAGGGUGGCGGCGCACAACGACAUCGGCACAAGUGGCUUCAGCUCCGAGACGGUGUUCUACACCAUGGGCACGCUGCCCGCUCUGCCUCUGGCGCCACGUCUGGUGCGGGCCGGCGUGUCCUGGGUUACCCUGGAUUGGGGGCGACCAGAGGGCAGCCCCAGCGAGGAACAGCUCAAAUACACCCUGGAGAUCCAGGAGGACAACAGCGGAGCUGACUUUCACCCGAAGUACACUGGAGAAAACUUGACCUGUACUGUACAAGGCCUGAAGAGGAGCACGCAGUAUAAAUUCAGGCUGAUCGCAUCAAACAUGGAGGGCAAGAGCAGUCCCAGCGAGGUGCUGGUGUGCACCACCAAUCCCGAAAAACCGGGACCCCCGUCCACGCCGGGCGUCGUGGCGUCCACGCCCUACGCGCUCACCGUCACAUGGGAUCCCCCGCAGGACAACGGCGGCUCCGAAGCGCUGACGUAUUUGUUGGAGAUUAGCGAGGGAUGCUCGGAAGAGCUUAUUUGGAUUGCAAUAUCUCCAACGUCACAACUUAACAGAAGUGAGAUGUCAUUACGUGUGUCAUGUGUGUGUUCGUGCGCAGCCGGCCAAUGGGAGGUGGCGUACAGCGGGCCGGCGACCGAGUGCGUGUGUGAGCGCCUGGCACCGGGCAGCGUGUACUGCCUGCGCGUGUGCAGCAUCACCACCGGGGGGCACAGUCAGUGCACCGUUGCCGUUCCGGUGCGAACGUUAAGCGUGCCGCCCGGGCCCUGCCAGGCGCCGAGGAUUGUGGGUAAAGCCAAACACAAGGAGGUGCAGUUAGAAUGGGAGUCCCCCAGCGCGGAGGGCGCGAGCGAGGCGUUCGUGUUCAGCCUGGAGAUGAGCGAGGACGACGCCCAGCCGGCUCAAGUGUUCCACGGGCCGGAGCUGCAGUGCACCGUGGGUAGUCUGCUACCCGGCGCCACCUACAGCUUCCGGCUGAGGGCUGCCAAUGAGGCUGGGUUUGGAGAGUACUCUGAGCCAACGUUGGUCACGACUGCAGCGGGUCCUCCCGGCCAGUGUGAGGCGCCGCUCAUCGCUCUUACUAGCAACACUUGUGUGUCGCUCAACUGGGAGAGUCCCGAGGGUUCGGGCAGCGACAUAUCGGAGUAUCGUCUGGAGUGGGGACGGGAGGACGAGCCCAUGGAGAUGAUCUACUGCGGCUCGGCCACGCAGUGCGAAGUGUCCGACUUGGCGCCCGCCACCAGUUUCUGCUGCAGGUUGCAGGCUGUCAAUCAGGCAGGGGCGGGGCCUCACAGCGAGCAGGUCAGUUUCCAGACUCCGGCGACCAUCCCCGACGCCGUCUCCUCGCUCGGCCUCCUGGACCCGCCGGCCUCCUCGGAGCCGGGCCAGUCGCGCUCCACCUGUCUCUUCCUCAAGUGGGAGGAGCCAAACGCCAACGGGGCGGAAAUCUCUUCGUACGUCAUCUCUUUGGACGAACGGACCGUCACGGUGGAGCCGGCGACCAGUCACUUGGUCGGUGGUCUGCAGCCGGACAGCGAGUACAGCGUUCAGAUCCAGGCGGUCAACGCCAUCGGCCGCGGCCCGUCCUGCCCGCCGCUGCUGGUGAGGACGCGGCCCCUGCCCCCGGCCCCGCCCCCUCUGGAGUGCACCGCCGCCGGGCCGCAGAGUCUCAAGCUCAAGUGGGGAGAGAACGCCAGCAACCCUCGCUCCUCCCUGCUGGCCGACAACGUUUACUACACGCUGCAGAUGGAGGACAAAAACCGCAGGUUCCUGACCAUCUACCGGGGCCCCAGUCACACCUACAAGGUCCAGCGGCUGACGGAAUCCAGCAGCUGCACGUUCAGAAUACAGGCCAUCAGCGACGCCGGCGAGGGCCCCUUCUCGAACAGCCACACCUUCUCCACCACCAAGUCCGUGCCCCCCGCCCUCAAAGCUCCCAGGGUGCACCAGCUGGAAGGGAACGUGUGCGAAAUCACGUGGGAGACCGUCCCACCGAUGAGAGGGGACCCCGUCAGCUAUGUGCUCCAGGUUCUGGUGGGCCGCGAGUCCGAAUACAAGCAGGUGUUUAAGGGCGAGGAGGGCGCCUUCCAGUUCUCGGGCCUGCAGGGCAACACGGACUACCGCUUCCGCGUGGGCGCCUGCCGCCGCUGCCAGGACUCGUGUCAGGAACUGUGCGGGCCGCUCAGCCCCUCGUCCCAGUUCACGCUCCGGCGCCAGGAGGCGUCGGGGGCCGGGUCUGCGGGGGCGGCGGCGAGCGGCGCCUGCGUCCCCUUCGCCGGCUCCGGCCGAGGGGCGGCGGCGAGCCUGAUGUCGAGCGACGAGCGCUUUGCGGCGCUCAUCGUGUGCGCCUUCGCCGGCCUCUCCAUCCUCAUCGCCUGCUUGCUGCAGUACUUCUUCAUGAAUGACACGGCAUUCUUGACAAUUGGAUACGUCCAGCAGCGCCUUUGCUUUCGACACAACCGGGGCGGGAGAAGUGAGUGUACCUCUGUUUCCGCCAUGUUGACUCACCGCUGGAUAAUUCCUGGCAGUGUGAAAUGGACUUGAGCCACUUUCACACAGAAACCCGAGAAAAUUAUUGCAUCAGAGCCGUAACAGAUAAACCUGCAUUCAUCCGCCUUUGCCUUUCACACGGAACCCAGUGAACAAAAUUCCUGGUUUUCAGCAAUGUGAAAUGCAGAGAUCCUGCAAAGUCGCCGCAUCAGAGCCAAAAGAGCCGCCUUUGCCUUUCACACAGAACCCAGUAAAGGCAGGAUAUUACCGCAACAGUGUGCACAGCGAUACAACAUUCUGUGAUCAUACGAUGUGACCGUGUAUUUCAACAAAACAGGGCGGGAGAAGUGAGUGACCCUUAACACACAAGCGCCUAACCCUAACCGCCUCGGUUACGGCUCUGAUACUACCUCGGAGGGCGGAAAAGUGUCAAGUGAACUUUGUGUGUCGUUGCUCUUCACACAGAACAAUGAGCCGGGAAAAAAGCGGAAAAGUCCCAUCUUUCAUAUCGACUUUUCAAACCGACACGCAGUCACUUUUAACACGCCACGGGUGACCUCCCGCUUGUGUUACGGCUCUGUUACUACCUCGAAAAGGCGGUAAAUCGCCGGGUGACCUUUGUCCCCCUCUUCGCAUGGAACAGUGACCUGGAAAAGGGCGGGAUAUUCCCAUUUUUAAAAUGCCUUUUUCACGUAGCGAUCCUGCAAAAUUUGUAAAAGAGUAGUAGUAGACAGACCCCGUGUAUAAAACGUGGAGAUGGGCAACUACCGAUACCAGGCAUUGGGCCGACACCGGCCUAAUUUCAACGUUUCGGGUACUCGUGAAGUCUGCCGAUAGCAGCCACCGAUACUUCAAGCAAAAUAAAAAAAAUGAAAAAGUCUGACAUCGAGUAAGUCCUCCUCCCCAGUAGUUGGCACUACACUGCGGCGGUCUGACACACGGGCGAAUCGUCAUGUGCAUUAGAAAGCACCGCCUGCGUUAAUUGGAUUUGUGCGUAGCAAAAGUACGAGCGGUAUCUGCAUUCGGUAUCGGCGAGCGCUCAAGUGCAAGGCAACGGCUUCGAGUCUGGAUAAUCGCCGCCCUUCACGGGCGGUGUGAAAGUGAAUCGAUAACGUUGGAAGAGUCCACUGCUUUUCUGCCCCCCGCCACCUCCGCCGUUCUGCCUAAUUACCUUUGACGCUGCGCUCUCGCUUUUCAAUCAAUCCACCCGUCUCUUUUUUUUUUUUUUUUUUUUUUUAAAUCCCGCCUCUCAAUGGAUACACCGGGCAUUCUGAACACCCUCCCUCUAAUAAACACAAAGCCAAGGUACACAGCCCAAAGAGGUCGCCCUGACCCGUAUGAAAUGGAGUCCGCACAUGAGGCCUGUAACGUACCUCAGGGAAAUUAAAAAAAAAAAAAAAAAAAAAAAAAGAGGUCCUUAAAAAGACCAGCCCACCUCCUCUUUGUUGCCGCCGCUCGCCCUUCUCGUCUUCCUCGCCGCUUUUUUGCGUCGUCGUUCUCUUUGGACGCUGUGCCUUGUCGUGUGGUUUACUCGCUCAAAUACUUCUAUUUUUUAUUUUGCCAAAGUCGAUGGGGGAAAAUGAUGGUAGAAAAUUUUUAUUUAGUUUUUUUGUUUUUUUUUUUGGGGGGGGGGGUUAGGUUGACUUUUUAUUUAUACUAUAUAUUUGCAUACAGUACUUUACAAUGCCAAUUACAGUGCAAUCUUCAUUUAUUUAUUGUUUAAAAAGAUUAAGAGACAAGUGUAGUUAUAUACUAAUUUUUUUCUUCUACUUCUUCCUCGUAGCAUGUUUUUUUUUUUUUUUUAUAUAUAUAGAAUGAUGAUUAAGGCCAGCAUUCCUUAUCUCUCGGUAACCUUUUUGAGUAUUUCUCUUACAGUUGUUGGGAUCCGGCAGUUAUAAAACUUGUAACCAAAUACAUAUGUACUGUUUUUUUUGGUUUAUUUUGUUGUUGUCGUUGUUUUUAUUUGAAUUUCAUCUCUUGUUUGGCCCACGCUCGGCUGAGUCGUUAUUGUUCAUGCUUAGAUAAACAUGUAGCAAAGACAAAUGUCCCUGCCUUUGGCUUCUUUUGUUUUGGUUUUUUUUCGUUAUAAUGAAGCUUCUGAUAAUGUUUUUUUUCUGUUUGUUUGUUUGUGUUUGUUUUUUUGCCAAAGUGCAGGCUUCACUCGAUGUUCUGACCAAGGGUUCUGUGAUGUUAUUAUGUAACGAGACAGCAGCAUUACUAUUAUUAUUAUUUUUUAAUUAUUAUUAUUACUAUUACUCUCUGAUGGAAAAAGGACAAAAAAAACAUUACCUUGAUCUGUGAUUAUGCUUAUUUUCAAUAAUAUGGUUCAUGAUUGUUUUUUGUUUCUUUUUUUUGGCGGGGUGUAAAACAAAAUGUGCCAUUGUCGAAACAUGUCGCCCCCUAGAGGAGAGGAGGACAGUCUCGUACUGAAAGUGACUGAUGAAAGCAGGGGGGGGGGGCUAAAAACAAUCACAUAAGCGACUAGCGCAGGCGGGCAAGUUUAUUGACGAGUUCUUGUUCGGCGUAGCGAGUAGUGGUGAGUGUUUUGUAUCCAGUAUUUAAUUUUUUUUGCUAAGAGACGAUAUACAGUACAGAGAUAUCUAUAGAGCUAUUAGAGGAGGUAAGUACAUUUACGAUUAGCCUAAGUUGAAGCACUUUUAUAUCACCACGAGCAUUAUUAGUCCUGAUGGGCGGGGGCUGAUAUAUUGAUCCAAAACACUACUGGCAGGCUGUUAACGUUCGUCGCUCGCGUGUAAUUUUUUUUUUUGUCGCCGUGUCACGUCAACCGACCACGUUUGGGGUUGGCGCCCGCCACUUAAAUGGUGACGCGGGAGGGAGAGUUCGUUCGCAUGCGUGGUAAAUCACCCUACUAGCGAAAAGUGAGCGAUAUUUGGCUUUCAGGUGAAAUUUCAACUUAAUGAACUUAAAAUGCACUCUGACCUUUAUAGGUCAACUUCAUUUUACAUUCUUUGAACUUUGGAUGUCCUGUUUAAUGGUUGACUAUUUUAUUUUUGAACAAUUUGCCGUUCUCUAACAAGGGGCCUUAAAGACAAAAUGCACAACGCUUCGUCCAUGAAAAUGGGUUACUUCUAUGCCUUUCUGUGACUCUACCAGUGUCUCUGUAUCUGUGUUUCAAGCUACUGAUGCCACUUCUCAAGGGUCCAAAGUCUAUCGUCCAAGAUUUACAUUCAAAAACAAAUCAAAUGCAGCACUUCAUUUCUUUACAUCUCUGCACAUUUUCAAAGGAUCCCUUGUACAACAUUCCUCGGAAAUCACAAUGUCCUAUAACUGUAGAGCUAUUUUUAGAACGUGCCCAAGGGCUCCUCAUACGGUCCUUAGGGGUGACCUGUUGCCCUCUGGCGCCAUGUUGUUUGUUGGCACCGAACUGCCCUUUUACACAGUGCAGAACAUGGAGCUGUAACCUGAAUUAUCUUUAUUUAUCUGGGCGUUAUGAAUAAAAAUGUUGUUGUUCUUUCCCAUCAGUUCCAUUUUAGAGACCUGUAAAGGUUAGAGUGCAUUUUAGAUUCAUCCGGAAAUUUCACCCGGAAACCCACUAGCCUAAACUUUUCGUUACGCGAGUUACUCCCCUAUUGUUUUUUUUUUGUUUUUUUAAUUCCACUUUAAGAGGAACAAGACAGAAGUAGAAUUGAUGGAACAAAUGGGGAUUGCGCAUGCGUCAUGGAGCGCAAUCAAGUUUCCAGUCCUUCCGCGGCCCAUUUAGCGCGGCAGGUUCCUCCCCUAUUUCGUUUUAUUUUUGAUUCCAUAUUAAUAAACAGAUCUUGAUUGUCCAUGCAGAAACACAAACAACCCGCAGAAACACAAACAACCCACACACACACACAUCUGUGCCUUGUUUUUAUUUCCAUUUUUCGGGUUUGUUUUGUAUGUUUGGUUUUUUUUCAUUGUUGUUGUUGUUUAAUUUUAAUUUUUUUCUUUACAGCAACUAGAGAUUUAUUGGGGACUGAGCGAUUGGCCACAGAGUGCGGAGACACAAAACAGAAAACAAAUCAAAAAGUGUAUUUUUUACCUCACAAUUUUAAGAGCGAACAUUCCAGGUUGUCAAGGUCUACGAAUUUGAGAUUUUUUUUUUUUUUUUUUUUUUUUUUUUUUUAGAAAGUCAUGCUUUUCUUCUUCUUGUAUUGUAAAUGUUAGACAAUUUCAUAUGCAUUAUAUAAAAAGAAACUGCCAUAUCAAUUUUAAUGUAUAGAUUUUUUUCUUUUCUUUUUUUUUUGCAAAUACUACCCUAUGUAUGUAAGACGUAACUGUAUCGGUAGCGUAUAUAUAAUAUAUUUAUGCCCAAUAAAUGUUAUUUUUUUCUGACGUUGA